AUGCCACUCUCGCGUGCCGCCAAUGGGUCGCCAGAGCCCGGUGCUAACGAAGAGCUGAUCAGUUGGCGCUACGCAAACCCUGGGACGCUCCAGAUUGACUGUCUGGGCGCGUUUAUCUCGCGCGAUCCCUUUUCCGAGGAGAGCAGCAGCGAGGAAGACGAACACAUCAGCCGCAACACGUCUCUGGACCUGUUGGCGCUGGCCGUAAAGGAAGAGUACGAAGACGGAUUCACAGACGCGGCAAAAAAGAUCUCGCUCCCAUACCACUCGUCAAACAUUACACACAUCUCACUUGACAUUGGCGGAACCCUUACAAAGUUGGUGUACUUCACCAAGAACGACGACUCGCCCCAGGGUGGGAAAAUGCACUUCAAGUACUACCAGACGGAGAAUUUUGAAUCAGAGGUGUUGCGGUUUCUCCAGAAGAAGUUGGUGAACAAAAGACGCAUCAAGAACAGGGAAAUAACCCACAUCCUCGCCACCGGUGGCGGGUCGUGUAAGUUUCAGACGUUAAUGAGGAAGACCUUUCCAAAGGUAAAGAUCAUCGCUAAGGACGAGAUGGAGUGCUUGAUCACGGGGCUCGACUUUUUCAUCACCGAAAUCCCCCGCGAAAUCUACACCUACGACUACAAUCAGGACAAGAUCCAGUUUUUGGACGUCCCCAAAAUCACCACCAAGGACGAUCUCUAUCCAUACUUGCUUGUGAAUAUUGGGUCGGGUGUGUCGAUGAUCAAGGUUGUGGGGCCAGAGCAUGACAACUUUGAGAGAAUCGGCGGGUCCUCCUUGGGUGGGGGCACUUUGUGGGGGUUGCUCUCGCUUCUCACCACGGCGCAAGACUAUAACGAGAUGUUGGACAUGGCGAAGCGUGGAAACAACGAAAAUAUCGACUUGCUUGUGGGCGACAUCUACGGCACCAACUACAACAAAAUCGGCUUGAAGUCAAACCACAUCGCGUCCUCCUUCGCCAAGGUGUUCAAGAAAUUGAAGAACCUCAAGCGCGACCCCAAGGCCGCACCGCUCACGAUCUCCGAAAAGUUGGCCCAGUUCAACCAGGAGGAUAUCAGCCGCUCGCUCUUGUACUCGGUCUCCAACAACAUUGGCCAGAUCGCGUAUUUGCAGGCGCAGCGCUACAACUUGAAGCGCAUCUACUUUGGGGGAUCGUAUAUCCUGGGCCACAAGCAGACCAUCCACACGCUCUCGUACGCCGUGGAUUUCUGGUCCAAGGGUGUCAUGAAGGCGUACUUCUUGCGCCACGAAGGCUACUUGGGCUCUGUUGGCGCGUUUUUAAACGGGCCGGUGUCCACGUAG